AUACACUGCACGUACGUCGUAUAUAUUUUCGAUAUAUACAUGACUACCGGUGCAAACCAAACCACGGUGAUCAUCGUUGGCGCUGGCCCAUCGGGCCUAGCCACCGCGGCAUGCCUUCACCAACUCGAUAUCCCAUACAUAAUACUCGAAAGAGAAGAUUGUAUCGCUUCAUUGUUCAACAAAAAAUCAUACAAUAGGCUUCAUUUUCACUUGGCCAAAGAAUUUUGUCAACUUCCUCACUUUCCUUUUCCCUCAACUUAUCCUAAAUAUGUGUCACGAACCGAGUUCUUGAAAUACUUUGAUGACUACGCGGCCCAUUUCAAAAUUAGCCCGAAAUUUGGCAACUUUGUGAAGUUUGCAAAAUAUGAUGAAGAUAGGAAGAUAUGGGAAGUUGAAGCAAAGGAAAACGAUGACGUUGCACGACGUUAUGAAGGGAGGUUUUUGGUUGUUGCCACAGGAGAAACUAGUGAUGUGUUUAUACCAGAAGUUGAUGGGUUGAGUGAGUUUAAAGGUGAAGUUAUUCAUUCAACCGAAUUUAAAUCCGGCAAGAAAUUUGAGAACCAAACGGUUUUGGUUGUUGGGGCUGGUAAUUCCGGCAUGGAAAUUGCACUUGAUCUAUCGAGCCAUGGUGCAAAAACCUCCAUUGUUGUCCGAAGUCCGGUUCACGUAAUAUCAAGAUGGUCAAUAAAUCUUGCAUUGGUGUUAUUGAAGUUUAUACCACCUCAUUGGGUAGACUCACUUUUGGUGAUGGUUAGCAAGGUGAUGUAUGGAGAUCUAACCAAAUAUGGGCUCGAAAGGCCAAAAGAAGGACCAAUUAUAAUGAAAGUAAGAGAUGGCAAGUACCCUGUUAUUGACGUGGGUACAAUUGAAAAGAUCAAGUCUGGCAACAUUCAGGUUUUGCCAGCGUUACAAAGUAUAAAAGGAGAAGGAAAUGAAGUUGUUUUUAGGGACGGAAAAUGUUAUCAGUUUGACGCGAUUGUGUUUGCGACUGGGUUUAAACGAUCAACUCAUAUGUGGCUCCAGGGAGGUGACAGUCUUUUAAACAAAGAUGGGUUACCAAAGCCAACAUUUCCAAACCAUUGGAAAGGAGAAAAUGGGCUUUAUUGUGCUGGGCUUGCAAGAAGAGGCCUAUAUGGAGCUGCCAGUGAUGCCCAAAAUAUAGCUGACCACAUUUCAAAUUCGAUCAAGUAAAAUCAUAUCACCAAAUUUGGUUAAAUUACUUAAAUGUUAUACUGUUUGGUUUUGAAUUUAAACAUUAUAUUAGUUAUUUACUAGUUAAUCAAAUAUACUGAAUGUUUCUCUC